ACAAAAACAAAACCCCUUUAACAACUCAUAUUAUAAUUCUCACCGAAACAUACAACGAAGAAGAAUUCAUUCUUGUUCCUUUACAUUUUCUUGGUACACAUCUUAUUAUCAGUACAAUAAUUAAGGAUAUACAUAUACCAUCAUGAGGAAUUCAUUUCAUGAAGAAAAAGAAGAAGAAUUAUGUUCUCAAGCACCAUUUCUUUUGGCUUCAAAGAGAGUUUUUGCUGCGUUUUUAAGUGAAGACGAUCAAUCUGAAGUAGUAGUUGCUGCUGCUAAUGGUCAAGAAAUGGGACCUAAUAAUAAUAUUACAAUCACCAAUCAACAGAACAUCAUUAGUAGCAAUGAAGAUUUUCUGGCAAUAACCAGCGGAGGUGACGAGAAUCCAACACAGUGUCAUAGUUGGAUCCAGAGAAGAUUACAGAAUCUAAACCCUGUUCGCAUGGUUCUUGCAGAAAUGUUAGGUACAUUCAUAUUGAUGUUCAGUGUGUGUGGAAUAGUUGCAACAACACAGAUGACAGGAGGAGGAGAAGUUGGUCUAUUAGAGUAUGCAGUUACAGCCGGUCUAUCGAUAAUCGUUAUCAUUUUCUCUGUUGGUCCUAUCUCUGGUGCUCAUGUUAACCCUUCCAUUACCUUAGCUUUCGCAUUGUUAGGUGACUUUCCAUGGAUCAGGGUUCCCUUCUACAUAGUAGCACAAAUUGUAGGUUCAAUUUUUGCAGCAUUUGUGGGUAAGUCUGUGUAUGGAAUACAAGCACAUCAAGUCACCACAAGACCACAACUCCAUGGACAAAAGAAAGCAUUUUGGGUUGAGUUCUUUACCACCUUCAUUGUGAUGUUUCUCUCCGCUUCAAUGUCACGCAAAGCUCACAAAGUUGGGCAAGUAUCUGGACUGGUUAUUGGUGUUGCUAUAUCUUUGGCAGUCCUAAUUUCUGGGCCUAUUUCGGGGGGAUCGUUAAAUCCAGCAAGAUCAAUUGGACCAGCAGUUGUUGCGUGGAGGUUUGAACAUCUAUGGCUAUAUAUCGUUGCUCCCACCACUGGUGCUAUAGUGGCUGCUCUUCUUUUCCAGCUUCUAAAAAUUCGUUGUACCGGUGUUACUCACCCGUUGUUGCCUGCAAAGCAAUGCCAAAAGGACACUGCAGUAAUAGAUCGUCAAGGGAUCUAAUCAAAAUGUCACCAAAAACUGAUCUUCUUGUAUGACGCGUACAAUGAACAGGAUGCAUAUAUCAAAUAGAAAUUUGGUUGAACAUAUAAGAUAUAUAGCCGCGAGCCGAAAUUCAAAUUGAUUCGGUUGCAGGAAGUAACUCCGUGAAACCAUAGUGGUUAUCAAUUUAAGUUUUACAUUUAUCAAAAGGGAAUUUUUAGUUCUGUUAGGCAGUAUAUUGUGAGACCUCUUAUAAUUUUUGCGAAUACUAG